UUCCAUUUCAUGCAUUACCACACAAGUUCUCUCUACUUCACUUCCCCUCCAUAAAUAUAUACACAAAUUAAUCUCCAUACUGUCACGAAAAUAUAACCCAAAUUUCUGUUUUUUAGAAUACAAAAAAUGGGCUGCACUUCUUCCAAAAGCAGCGUCGCCACCGUGGAUUUCUACCGUCCGCCGCCGUCAAGCUUUGCGGUGUUCGACAUCAACGCCAUAGAUGAACCGUGGGUUAAGGUGGACCAAACCGCGUCGGAGAACCAAGAGAAGCCCACACAUGUUCCUGCUGCGAUUCUCGAGAAACUCAACGCCUUUGAAACUGCUCCUCACUCAUGGAGUGAAGUUAGCAAAGCGCUUGAAGAUCUUAAACCCACCAUUAACAACGAGAACAAGAAACCCCAAGCUCCAAAUUCACCUCAAAAACCACCAAAACAAGUUACUCAGCUCCAGCCUCGUAAGAACUUAAGUUUUCAUACUUUAGAAGAGUUAGAUGCGAAGUUAUCUUCAAAACCGGUUGAAAAAACCGAGUCACCGGUAAAAGAAAUAAAAACGAAGCCGACAGAGGUAAAAAACCCGGAGUCGCCGCAAGUUUCAGUUCCGCCGGUAGGGUCGAAGUUAAAAGAGAAUAUAUUCAUAGUAAAAGACAGGGAAGAGAGGUUAAAAGAAGGAAGGAUGGCAAAUUACGAUAAGAUAAUGGGCAAACGAGACCCAUUAAGUGAGUUCCCGGAGAUAUGUCCGCCGGGAGGGAUUGAAACGGUGGUUAUUUACACGACGUCGUUGAGGGGUGUCCGGCGUACGUUCGAGGAUUGCAACAAGGUGCGAGGGAUAUUCGAAGUCCAACGCGUGGUGUUCGACGAAAGGGACGUGUCGUUGCAUGGUGAGUUCCUUAACGAGUUAAGGAACUUGUUAGGUGACGAAGCGAGUGUGCCGAGGGUAUUCGCUAAAGGACGGUACCUCGGUGGUGCUGAGGAGGUGAGUGAACUGAAUGAGACAGGGAAACUGGGGAAGAUGCUGAGUAUGGCACGGAUGGAAAGAGGAGUAGGGCGGCUGGCUUGCGGAGGCUGCGGCGGAGCACGGUUCGUGCCGUGUUUGGAAUGCGGAGGGAGCCGUAAAGUGGUGGCGAGUGGGGAUAAGAAGGAAAUUUGUGGUAAAUGUAACGAAAAUGGGUUAAUCCAUUGUCCAACUUGUCUUUAGUGCUUUUGCAAUUUGUAUUCUUUUUUCUUGUGGCCUAAAAUAAAAAUAUGGGUCUCUUGGUGUUAGUCCAAUUGGUAACAAUGGAUAGUUAGGCCCAUUGGGCUCAAUAGUUUUUAAUUAUGAUGUCCUUGAGAAUGUAAGUUUUGUGUUUUAGUGGUAUUUACUCUUUUUUUUCUUUUUGCAAAUUACAAUAUUUCUAUGUAUGUAAUUAUUUCAAUAUACAAAAAAAUAUAUUAUAAUAAUAAUUCCUUGCGUUAUACAUAAAAA